AUGGCAACCGCCUCAAAAACCCGAAAGCCCAAAACUAAUAACUUUACCUCGAUUUUGGACCUGUUCCUAGAAAAAUAUAGCUUGUCCACCGAAUCUAAUCCAUCACAAUUACGUGUAUAUGCUAGUGAACUCGGUGCUAUGUUACCAGAUUGGAAAGCUUGUAAAAAUGUGAAAGAAGCUCUUCGCCGACGUCAAUUCAAAGAAGAACAGAUCAAAGCUCUUGUACCGGAUAAAAGGAAUGAAAAACUUACUAUCAAAGAGAGAGCUCAAUACUGUGCGAAAUCUGGAGAUCCAUAUGAUAUUUACUUACAUGCUUUAGAUUUAAUCAAGACAAAAAAUGAUAGUGAUGAAGAAAUUGUCGCAUCCAGCUCACGUCUUACAUUAUUUCGUAAGGAAUUGAAAGAAGCUGGAGUUGAUUCUAAAGUAAUUGAUAAAUAUGCUAAAUUUUCAGAUCUUACUCAAGCAUCUAACGAAAUUCAGAAGAAGCAACUUAUCAACCGUUUUGAUUCUGGAACUUAUUAUGCUGAGGGUGACACUUCUUCUGAUUCCGAUACCAAUCUUGAUACUAAUACUGAACCCGAACCUAAAUCUCAGCCUAAGAAUUAUAAUCCUUUCGAUGCCCAAAUCGCAGAAAUAGAUUCGAUGUUAGCAGAAAUGUGA